AUAGGAAGAAGAAGAAGAAGAAGACGACAGCAGAAUAGUGCGUAUGCCCAACAAAGUGACGUUUCUCCCUGCGCUGUUCUCAUUGGCUUACACAGAGUGCUAGAGCAGAUCAGGCUUCAGUGAAUGAGGGUGUAUGCACUUUUUUUCAAGUUUUAUUUAUAUCUGUACGCUUCUCAGACAGGAUUGAAAAGAUUUGGAUGAACGGCGACAUUUUAACGAUCACCUCGAACAUGCUGCUAGUUGCUGACCCUGGCCUUCUCCUGCAAAGUUCGUCGACUGAGCUAUUUAACACCGAGGAGCGCUGGUAAAUCUGUCAGCCGAUCCCGACUGAUACCGAACACAUGAACCCUGUUCUGGACGUGAACCCUGACACCAGCUUCACCGCUGUAGGUGGAUAGUGAGGAACACCUCCUGUGAUUUUACUCAGUAAGACUUCAGUUAACACCAGGUGGAGUCAGACAGACAGGUGGACAGGUAGACGUGUAGCUGGCUGCAGGUCCAGAUGGGGAACAGUGCUCUAAAGUCUCACCUGGAAACCUCCCAGAAGACUGGCGUGUUUCAGCUGACAGGAAAAGGACUGCAGGAGUUUCCAGAUGAACUACAGAGACUUACCAGUAACCUAAGGACAGUGGAUCUGUCCGGGAACAAAAUCGAGGUUCUUCCUGCUGCCAUCGGAAACUUCCUGCAGCUCAAGAGUCUGACGCUCAACUCCAACAGACUUACCAAUUUACCCAGUGAGAUUGGAAAGCUGAAGAAGCUUGAGACUCUUAGUCUCAAUGGGAACCGGAUCCAGCAUCUGCCCCUGACUCUGGGCCAGCUCAAAGCCCUGCGGACCCUCAGCCUGGCUGGGAACCAGAUCUCAGAGUUCCCUUUGGGACUGGGGAGCCUGAAGCAGCUGGACCUGCUGGACCUGUCCCGUAACCAGAUCCAGAGUAUCCCUACAGAGGUGUCUGAGCUGCAGGCCAUCGAGAUCAACCUCAACCAAAACCAGAUCUCAGUGUUAGCAGUGGAGGUGUCUCGGUGUCCACGUCUGAAGGUCCUGCGUCUGGAGGAGAACUGCCUGGAACUGUCCUCCAUCCCUCAGUCCAUCCUGAGCGAGUCCCAGGUGUGUUUGUUCUCUGUGGAGGGAAACCUGUUUGAGGUGAAGAGGCUCAGAGACCUGGACGGGUAUGACAAGUACAUGGAGCGUUUCACGGCCACGAAGAAGAAGUUUGCCUAAAGACCACGCUGUUGGGUCUGAACCUCAGAGCGCCACCUGGAGGCAUGGUCACCCAAGACUCCAUCCACCACAGAUGCUUCUGCUGCUGCUAGAAACCAGACUUCACAAAACAGGCUUGGCCCUCCUCACAGUGCCCCCCUUUCUGCAGAACCAAACACUGAGACCUGGUGCAGGUCUGAGGACGUUUAAGCUGGAGACAGAUUGUGACAGACGGGUAACACCGACAGGUACCACUCACAGGUGCAUCUGGUGGAGCAGGAAGAGAAGACAAAGUGUAGCUAAUGAGCAGUGGAGACGUGUGAAGCUGUUUCCCUUAUUUUCUUUAACACGUCUCAGCGAUGAAGGUGGAGCUCAUGCCUUUAUUUCAUUUUACUUGUUUCAUAUAGAAACUAACAGUUAUUCCUUUUACUUGAUCUUUGUUUUCUGCUGAACGUCAGAUGAAGCUUCACCUUAUUCAUGAUUUGUUCCUGAUGAAGCAGCAUUAGUGUAGUGAAUUAAAAUAAACCAUUGGUUUAUGAACAAAGGGUCUGAAACAGGUCUGUUCAUGUCUGGAUUUAAACCCUUUUCCUCCGUGGCUCUCACUCUUUUCAUGACGUCCUCUUAUGAACUGUGAGUUUGUGUCUGGUCUGAGUCCAUUUGAGUUUUUGCUUCUUCUCUGAUGUCAUGUUGUAAAUAACGCAGUGAGUUCAGUCAGUUUCCAGAAGAGACUGGACCAUGUGAAUCCUCACAUAAUGGAGACCAUGUUGUAAACUUGUCGAUGAACCUGUUCUGUGACAUUAAACACUAACUCUCCUGCCAA